AGUACAAAACAUUUCUUUAAAUCCCAAUCGCAAGAGAGAAUUAAUGGCAAAAGAGUCCACCACCAUUGACGUCGGCGAGCCUAGCACCGUAACCAAAAGUUCAAGUCAUGUCGUAGUGGACGAGAAGCAAAAGAAGGGAAUUGUGGCAGCAGCCGCGGGAGGUGGCUACAAGAGAGGUUUGGCCAUAUUCGAUUUCCUCCUCCGUUUGGCGGCCAUAGGAAUCACCAUCGGGGCUUCCUCAGUCAUGUUUACCGCAGAAGAGACUCUUCCCUUCUUUACUCAAUUCUUACAGUUCCAAGCUGGCUACGAUGACUUCCCCACAUUCCAGUUCUUUGUGAUAUCCAUCGCCAUAGUCGCCAGCUAUCUCGUUCUUUCGCUUCCCUUCUCCAUCGUAACUAUUGUCCGUCCACUUGCGGUUGCACCCCGACUCAUCCUUCUCAUCUCCGACACCAUGGUCCUGACGCUUACCACAGCAGCAGCCGCAGCGGCAGCCGCAAUUGUCUACCUUGCACAUAACGGCAACUCAAACACCAAUUGGCUCCCCAUUUGUCAGCAGUUUGGAGACUUCUGCCAGGCUACGAGUACUGCUGUUGUAGCCGCCUCUAUCUCGGUUGUCUUCUUCAUCCUUCUCAUUGUCAUCUCAGCCGUUGCCCUAAAAAGGCAUUGAUUUGCUAUUUCCCGCGUGUCAAGAUCGAAAGGGAUCUAGAGGUUAUUCAUGUAUAUGUUUGUGGUGUGUGCUUUGUUGAACAUGAGAUGUUAAGUAUAUGUGGUAUCAUUAUGGUGUGGAAAUGUAACAUGAGUUCAUAUAUGUUUGAAGGAAAAUUGUCUUGA